AUGGAAAAAGAAUAGACAUUUGUCCUAAUCAAACCAGAUGGAGUUCAGAGAAGAAUCAUAGGGAGAAUAAUUCAGAGAUUUGAAGAUAAAGGAUUUUCUAUGGUUGCCAUGAAGAUGCUCAUCCCAAAUCAAGAAUUGUUACAGAAGCAUUACGAAGAACUAAUGUUCAAACCCUUCUUCCCUUGUUUGAUCUGUUACAUGCUAUCAGGACCAGUUAUUGCUAUGAUUUGGCAAGGAAAAGAUGUUGUUAGGUAAAUACGAUCCAUGCUUGGAGAAGGCAGAAACCCUGUUGAAUAGAAACCAGGCACAAUUAGAGCUGAUUAUGCACUUGAACUAUAAAGAAAUUUAAUUCAUGGUAGUGAUUCUUGCGAGUCAGCUUAAAAAGAGAUCAAUUUGUGGUUUAAUUAGAAGGAAAUAGUAGAUUGGAAGCCUUCUGAUUUAAAUUGGGUAUGUGAAUGA